AUGAAUAAUUCAGAAAAAGUUGAUAUGCUUUUUGUUUACUGGGAAUGUGAAAAAAAUUCACGUCAGGCUGCACGUGCUUAUGUUGAACGUUACCCAAAUAGGCAACACCCAUCACAAAGUUAUUUUCAUAAAUUAGAAAGGAAUUUAAGAAGUACUGGUUCUUUUUCUAACAUAAGAGUUAUUGCCAACCAACAACCUAGACAAGUUAAUGCAUUAGGGGAAGAUAUUGAGCUUCAAGUGUUGGCGUACGUAAGAGCAAAUCCCAGAGUUAGUACGCGUCAUGUCGGCUUUGAAAUAGGUAUUUCUCAUAAAGAUGGAGCCCCGGCACAUAAUGCAAUUGUCGUGAAGAAUUAUUUAAAUGAAUAUUUUGAAAAUCGUUGGAUAGGAACUAAUGGUAUAAUAAAAUGGCCACCUCGAUCUCCGGAUCUUACACCUCUUGAUUACUUUUUGUGGGGAUAUCUAAAAACUGUCGUCUAUGCAAACCCACCUACUAAUCUUAUUGAUUUGAAACAAAAAAUAAUUGCGGCGUGUAAUCAACUUACUGAAGGGCAAAUUUCAUCUGCAACAAAUAAAGAAUUUCUACAAAGAACAGAAGCAUGUUUAAAUUAUAAUAGAGAGCAGUUUGAACAGUUUAUAAGAUAA